AUGAAUACACCCCGGCCUUCGAAAGAUAGAAGCCCGAAAGGUAAGGAGCCUGCUGGAAGAAAUAUUAUCGACUUGAGCGAGUCUCCUAGCAAAAACACAUCAAGCAAGCAGAAGACGGUGGACACAAACAUGGGCAACAAAUCCACAUGUGCCGGCGCAAACAUGACGCCCCUAGGCACAGGAUCAGAAGCCUCGUCCAGCAAGGCAGGCACUGUAACAAACCCAUUUUCACCAUCUUCUCUAUCAAUAGAUCCCAGACCGAACCGAGGAUGGAGGCCGCCGCAGUUACCGGUUUUCUCGAGCAACGACUUUGAGCCCCAAGGAGAGACAAGGCGAGGCACAAGCAAUAAUGGGAAUAGCAGCAAUCAGUCCAAUUCUACUGCGCCCCAAACACCUCAAGACCCAGCCAGGCGCUUUACUGUGACUCAGAAGUGUAAGGUACUAGAAACCUGCUUAUCAAUCAAGGAAGAGUAUCUUUCCUUGCCUCCGGCCAGUCACCAUGACCAGGAGGCGUUUUGGACUAAAGUCCUCAACGAGAAGCUAUCACGAGACUUAGUCUCGAAUUUCAAGGGCUGGAAACAAGUGAAAGAGUCCAUUGAACAAUGGUGUUACACUCGAAGGACUCUUCUCAGAGAGGGGAACCUGCCGCCAGUUUCUCCGGCUCAGCCAGAGCUAGAUACUUUGGUUGACCGCUGGAACACGGUGUUCGUCACACGUUUUUGUCAAGUGCACCGCGGGUAUUUUGAGAAGGGUCUUUGGGCCAUCAUUGAGAACCGAGUGUCAUGGAUGGUAUCAGAGCACGUCGACAAGUCAAUCACGAGCAUGUUGCAAACCAGAAGAGAUGAGCUGGAGAGCUCUGUUGGACGAAGGCUUCUGUCUCACAACAACUCAUUGACCGAGUAUGACAACGCUGUCAAAAGUGUUCAGGAUGGAUUUACUGAAAGUCAGCGGAGUCAUACCCAGGCAAUGGAGAGUGAGGCUGUGCUAUCGAUAGUCAGGGAGCUUCGACCAGUUCUAGAGAAUGCAUUUUCACAGCAUUUCAAUAGCGCAAGACAAACUCGUCGAGAACCAAGUUCCGGGCAUCACACUGGGCCCACCAUACCUACGGAACCGACGGCUAUGCGAAAUGGCCCACGAGGACAUUCGACUUCAGCUUCCUCAAUGCCACAACACCCUAUGUCUUGUGCUGUUCCCUCACCAAUGGUAAGCGGUAACAAACGGCCCUUACCAGACUCGAAAACGGACCGCGAAAGCGGCCGUGUUUGGAAAGAGGGAGCCCAUCGGAUGGUUCUCCACGAACUGGGUUCUCGAACAGAGACCGAGAAGGAGACAGCAGACACCAGCAAAGACAACUUUCGCCACCAAGAAGGCCUCCGGUGCCACGAACUCCAGGAAGGCCAUCUUCGCCCUCGACUCAUGAACGACAGAACAGGCCCAGGGGUAACUUGCGUAGGGACUCGCAAUACCCAGACCGCUGGGACGGUGAUGACGGACCUCACCGCCGUUGCCCACCGCGAGGGUUCCGGGAAGAUACUGUCGAGUUUGAUGAAAUGUCGACUCGACGGCAGAACAAAUUGA